UACAGGAAGUGACCAGACACUGUGGACAUACUACAGGAGAUGACCAGAGACUGCACACAGUACAAGAGAUGAUCAGAGACUGCAGACAGUACAAGAGAUGACCAAAGACUGCGGACACAGUACAGGAGAUGGACCAGAGACUGCUGACACAGUACAGGAGAUGACCAGAGACUGUGGACACAGUACAAGAGAUGACCAGAGACUGCGGGCAUACUACAGGAGAUGACCAGAGACUGCGGGCAUACUACAGGAGAUGACCAGAGACUGCGGGCAGGAGAUGACCAGAGACUGCGGACACAGUACAGG